AUGCUCUCUAAAUCAAAGGACCUCCAACGGACCAGUUCAAACACGGAUAUUGCAGAUCUGAACAAAUUAUUUCCAAUGAAGAUCCCCACAACCCCCGCCGACUUCUACAACUGCCACAACCACCACCGCCGACACCGCCACGACCCCUCAGAACACCCACGCCCGCAGCUGCCACGACCGCCUCCCCAGCACCACCAUGAGCAGCGUCCCAGUCGAGCUCAGAGUCCCACUCAGGAUUACCAGCAGCUGAUCCUCCACCAGCUUCGGUUCCUUCGGCUGCUCCUCCUACUGGUGGUGCUUCAUCAGGCGGGCGCCCUUGGCUGUCGCAUCUCGGAGUUCACCUGCAGCAACUACGAGUGCGUGCCCACCGACGCCUACUGCGACGGGGUGCCUGACUGUUCCGACCGGAGCGACGAACCGAGGGACUGCUCUCCCUGCAACCGCACCUUCUACGGCGACGUCGGCAGAAGCUACGAGGUGAAGGUGGAGAAGCCCAAGGACAUGGGGACGACGUUCACCUGCCACCUGACCUUCGUCGCGGAGGGCAGGGAGUUCGGGGACAUCGUCCAGCUCACGAUACAGGAGUUCAGCCUGGGCGACUUCUUCAGCUACAACAGCGGCUGUCCCCAAGGCUGGAUGCAGAUCAGCGAGCGAGAUCGACCCUACACUGACGGCUGCUGGUGCGGGGAUGGACGGGGGUUCAACGUCUACUACAGCGAGACGGCCACCACGACCCUCACACUGAAGAAAUUCAUCCCUAUGGACUACAUUCACUUUGAGGGUCUGUUGAAGUCUCCCUUCCGCUUUCGCCUGACCUACAAGACGCUGCGCCACAGUGAUGCUCUCCUGCGCUACGGGAAUGUAACCAACCCGAAGUAUAGAGGAGACCUGGUGGACGGCACCCUCUGCGACCGCAUCUUCCUGAACUGUGACGAGUACAACUGCGCCGUUCAGAGCCCCAACUUCCCCGGCCUCUACCCUCGCCACGUCACCUGCCACUACCUCAUCAGGCAAACUCGCUACGUCCCCUUCGCCCGCCCUCUCAUCAGUAUCCUGCAGGAGGACCCGCUCAAGUUCAACGUCAAGGACCGCUCCGCUCUGCCCAACCAGGGGUCCUCCUCGAAGGGACUGCAGAUCUGGAGCGCGUGCGACCUGGUGCACGACCACCUGCUGGUGUACGACGGGAACUCGACGGACGCGCCGCUGUUCCUGAAGGUGUGCGGCUCGGGCGCGCUCCCGCCCAUCACCUCGACGGGGCCCGACAUGCUGAUCGUGUUCAGCACCUCCCGCUUCGACGAGCCGACGCAGGAGACGCUGAUGCCGCGGACGCUCGGCUUCGAACUGAACGUGAAGGUCAACUACCUGAGCAUGGACUCGCGGGAGUUCGCGCGCAACCGCCAGUGCACGUUCCACAUCUUCGGCGCGAACAACGCCAGCGGCGAAGUGACGUCGGUGGUGAACACGCAGCCGCAGAACUCGUCGUGCGUGUACCUGUUCCACGGCGAGCCGCACGAGGUGGUGUGGGUGCACUUCCGCAAGUACGAGAUCGCGCCGCGCAUGGGCCACUACACCGGCAACAUCACCGAGUGCAUCAACCCGCUGCAGAUCUACGACGGCAACUUCUUCGACCCGAGCACGCCCUACGGGUCGCCGCGGCGCGCUAAGCUCAUCCAGGAACACUGCACGACGCGGCCGCCGCCCAUGUGCGCGCGCGAAUACCUCCCGUCGCGCCCCGGCCUGGCCGCGCCCGUCAAGGCCUGCACUAGGAACGAGAGCUAUGUGGCCAGUGGACCUAAGCUAACCGUCGUGCAGCACUAUAAUGAGUCGACGGCCGCGCUCGCCAUGGACUUUAUCCUCAGGUACGAGUUCGUCAACACCCGCCCGGGUUACCAGCCGACCAACGGGAGCGAGUGCGACUUCGAGGCCAUCAGCGACGGCUACUCGCUGCGCACGGGCCGCGUGUUCUCGCCGCGGACGUCGGUGCUCUACGGCAGGUGGGGCCGCAAGAAGCUCUCGUGCCAGUACCGCCUCACGGCCCACAGCGAUGAGGUGGUGCGCGUCACCAUCACCAAGUUCCACAGCGUCUCGCGCUCCUGCGUCACCACCACCAACAACUUCACCAAAGGCUACGACUGCGACAACCUCUCCGGCCAGACGGCGUCGCUGGUGCUGUCCGAAUACCCUUGGCAGGACAUCGAAGUCCCGAGACUCUGCACGUGCGACUACUCGGCCAUUCCCAUCGAAUACGAAUCGAAGUCACAAGAAGUGCGCCUCAAAUUUGAAGUCGACAACAUGGAUGACAAUCACGACUACAUGGACUUCAUGUUUGAGGCUCAGUACGAGUUUAUAAAGAAGUCCUCUUGUAAAAAGGUACAGAGGCUGCAAGGUACAAACGGCCAGAUUGUGUUCCAGAGAGCCAACAAGACGGAGGACAAGCCGUGCGACAGCUACCCGUGGCUGCUGCAGACGUCCGACGCCGAGAAGUCGAUAUACUUCAGAAUACGAGGCUACGACCACAUCGAUAAGAACUGCUCAACCUCCACCCGCCUGCUGGUGUUCAAGGUGGGGCGGCUGCGGCCCGUCGGCGUCCUGUGCCCUGACCCGACCAGCAAGAACGUCGUUGAGCUCUUCAGCUUCGCCUGGCAGGGCUCGGGCACCCUGGUGGAGCAGUCGACGGACAAGCUGGUGCUGGAGGUGUCGGGGCGCGACCCGACGCGGGACUUGGGGCCGCACACGCUCUCCUGGCUGCAGGUGUCGCCGGCGAGGCAGUACGACUGGUCGGCCGAGGGCAUCGUGCGCGGCUGCCAGCAGGAGUGCCCCGAGCUGGGCGUGUGCAUUAGCGAGGACCUGUGGUGCGACGGCAUCCACCACUGCCCCUCGGGCCACGACGAGCUCAUCGCCCACUGCUUCUUCCUGUCGGUGCCGUGGGCGUACAUCGGCGUGGGCUCGGCCCUGAGCAUCCUCUUCCUGGUGGGCGUGACGGUGUACGGCGCCGCCAGACUGCGGGCGUCCGACCACAAGACGCACCAGCACCAGCCCAUUCCGACGCUGCCCACGGCCUCCGAGUCCCUGUUCUCCUCCGACAAGGACGCGGCGGAGCGGGACGGCGGCGUCACCUCCGCCUACAGCCUGGACUACAGCGAGGUGGACUAUGUCACGACGUUAUGA